AUGGACCCACUUAAUGACAGUACAGAUUUGCCGUUAUCAGAAGUGGGAUCGCAAGGGCAGCCGAGUGAAGAAAGAAGGCCACCUGAUAAAGACAACGCGAGUGGUCUUUUGAGCAAUAUGGAAACUUUACUGACCCGCUUACUGGCAGCUCAGCAACCGAAUUCUACAAGUAUGGACGUUUUACUGGCAAAUGUCACUUUUGUGGCGUACCUGGACACAGACAAGCAGACUGUCGUCGACGCCGUGAGGAUUUUGCAGGCAGAGUUGGAUCAUCAGUACGAACUCCCGAGA